GCAAACUUAUCUUCUCAGCUAGAGCAUAUAUCACAGGAAAAAUGGCAGAGUAGUUUUUCCAGAGUUAAUUUUUUUCCCCUCAAAAAUAGUUGUUUUUGCUCUAUUUUGAGUGUACAGAGUAAAAUGUGUCAGUAGAGUGGGAGCGAAAUUAAAGAGUAACUGUGACUCCUCCCCAAAAUUAUCCUCCCAAAGUUUAGUUUAUCCGCCAUUACUGUUCGUCACGGCCAUCGCGAUCGCUGCCGUUUGUGGGUUUAGAAGAGAAGUUGCGCUUCUACUGGAUGUUAAAGAUGCAAACCAACAAUGUUGUCAGAGUGAAGUUCAAAGAUAGCAAGAAAUAUAUUUUUUCUCCAACACCUUUUACAUUUCAGAUGUUUUUGGAAUGUGUGGUUUGUCUUCCUUCAGUUGCCAAGAAAUUUGAUCUUCCUACAAUGGACGUUAAAGUCUUUGAUGACUCGAAGACAGAAGUUGAUGAGGAAGCAUUUGAAUAUCUGCUGACACGACCAGACCUUGGUGUCCUAGAAAUUUUCAUCCCAGGCACAGCAAGUUUUGAUGAUUCUUUAAGCUCAAGCUCAUUAGGAGAUGCUGGGGGCACAUCAGAGUCUGAUGACACAGCAAUGUUGAUUAGAAGUCCUCCUGAAAAAAAUCGAGCUGAGGAACGUCGUCUUGCCCAAAUGGUCGAAGAUAUCCUAAAGAGCAGCCCUGGAGGCGAGAAGGUCAUAAAUGAAUACGCUCGCACUAAAAGUCUGUCAGAUGGCAGAAGACGUGACGUGGUGGAAAUCUUGGUAGCACAUUUGACAAAUGAACAUGGAACAAGCCCUUCCCGACGUUUGAAGGAAGAAUAUGCGAAGGGAAUCAUCUCCCUAUUCCCAUACUUGGCUGACCCCAGGAGCAAACUUGGUUAUGAGCAUUAUUACAAUGCAGAAGAUGGAAGUGGAUAUUUGGCAUGGAGAAUUAAAACGCUGCAGAAAGAAGGAUCAGAGGGAUGGAUGAAACGCCCACGGCAACCACAGACAGGUGGGCCAACUGCUGACAGGGAUCCCUACAAAGAAGACAGCUGGUUGAAUGAUGAACGUCAGUGUCAGGAAGCAAUUGCCCUGAUGAAGCAUACAGGUGAUGAGGCAGUGGUAAAGGAAAAGAUGAGGUUAACACUGGCCUAUCGCCAGAAGAUGCUGCACGACCCUAAAGAGGCACCUGAUAUUCUAUCCAUUUUCCCGCGAUUCAUGGAUAUACCAGGCUUGAUUGAUCAAGAUUUUGGACUUCUAUUUGGUGAUGCGACCUCUGCAAAGUUGUUGGAGAAGUGGUCUACCAACAUAAAACCACAGGUUAUUGCACAGAGCCGUGGCCUCACACAGACUAGUGAGCUCCAAGACCUCAUCCAAAAUGCUGAAGCCACUGAAGUUGAAGAAGGUAACUAUUGUGCUAUACCCUAAAUUGUUUUAGAGGAAGUUAUGCAUUCAUGAAAAGCAUAGCUUUAUUCAGAUAUAUAGAGUUUCAAUUUUGGUCACAACUUUACCCAUUAGACAUGCAUGAUUCAUAUGCAAGUUAUGCAACACAGACUUGCAAUGGGUAAACUGUUAGAAUGAUAAUUACCUGUUUCUCUAACAUUUCUACCCUGAUCUUUUCUCAAAGGCCUAGUACAGGAGUUGCAGAUUUACAGUUUGAAAUUGUUUUCAUUUGGGACGCAUGGUUGACAUGUUGUAGAUAAAGUUUAACUGUAUGACCGCAUUUCAGUAUCUGUAGAGGUUUCACCUUAAUUCAUCCACACAUCUGUUGUCAUCAAGACUUGGCCAUGAAUGUGCUGUUAAUACUGAAUCUGUGUGCAGUAUAAACUAAGGUACUGGAGUGGUUAAUGUAUUUAUACCAGCACAUCAUCCAAGUUGAAGUUAAGUUAAAAUGAGUAGGAGGGUAUGUUCAACCCCUUCUACCUAAAAACCAAACCUAAAAGCCUAUUUUUUAUUAUUUUUUUGUUUAUUUUGUUUUCCGUGUCUCCAGGUUAGGACAGCGAUAUGUCUUCCAUUCUGAUGCUGGUUCACCUUUUGCCACCCUCAAGUCAAGGCCGCAAAAGACCGGGAAAAAUCUCAGCUAGACAAGCAUGUGAUUGUCUUGUGAAAUUCAUAAAGACCGGAACCAGUAUCCAAGGGCACUUGGAUAGCAUUGGAGAGAGUCUCCAGCCAUAUCUACUUGUUGUUGGGCCGAAGAGAAGUAGGGUCCAGUCUUGUUUUAUUGUAAUUGACCAACAUGCUCUACCCUGUAAGGCCUCUAAUUCACUGGCCUGUGUUGAUGAGCUUUUCAAAGCUCACUUUGUCUUUGGCACCUCAUACUGUCAGGAAUUGACCAAUGUGUAUAGCUUUCUGCAAACCACUGUCUAUGACAUAGAUGUUGAAACCACCAAGGUGAAUCCCAGAGUGGCUGAGUUGAGAGCUAGAAUGCUCCAGUGAGCAGAUGAAUUGUUUCAUUUGUAAAAGGGGGCAUGCUAGUGCCAAUGCCCUUAUAAGGCACUUUAAGUUAGUUCAUGGCCUUUGUCCAGGAAAAAGUCUGAAGUUAAAAUGUGCUCUAAGAGGUUGUUCACAUGUUUACCAUAGUUUUUCUGGAUUACGAAAGCAUCUCAGCAAGUGUUGUGCAAUUGACAGUUCACGCACCGAUUAUGGUGAAAGCUCAUCCACCACCAACUCCAUUUCAUUAGGGGAUGUAGGUGUUUUACCAAACCAAAAUUCACCUUGUGAGUCUGUACUCUUAAAAACAAAUAUAGUAAACAGUUGUGCAACAGUGGUAGCUGAACUUAAAGUUGCUGGUGUCGCAGAGACAACUAUUAACUAUGUUGUUAGUGCUCUAGAAGAAGUGAUUGGAGACAUUCAUAGUCAAACUCAAGAAUCUGUGAAAAAUCUUUAGAGGAGCCCAUAAAGAGUGCUGUUGAGUCUCAAAUUGAUCAGUGUUUUGAAAAAAUGCAAAAUCCUUUUGUGGCAUUAAACACUGAGAGCAAGAGAAUGCAGUACUUUUCAGAGAAAUGGGGAAAAAAUAUAUCCUGUUGAAUAUGUUCUCGGAACAAGAUUUGCUACACGGCGUAACAGAACAACUGGAACUUAUGCCCAAACCAUUGUUAAGGAUAAAUUUGUAUAUAUACCAAUUCUUGAGACAUUACAGUCCAUUUAUAAGCACCCUAACAUUAAAGAUAUGAUGACGAGAGAUUCACAACAAAGACCAAAUUGUCUUUAUGACAUACACGAUGGACAAUUCUUUAAGAAUCAUGCGCUCUUCUCAAAACAAAGACAUGCAGUUCAGAUCCAGCUUUUUUUUUGAUGAAUUUGAAUGCUCAAACCCCCUUGGAUCAAAACGAGGAAUACUUAAGUUAGGAGCUAUCUAUUUUACCCUUAGAAAUAUUUCCCCUAAAUACAACUCGAGUUUACUAAAUAUCCAUUUAGUUGCUUUAUUUCAUGCACAAGAUAUCAAAACUUAUGGGUUUGAUAAAAUACUAGGGCCGCUUGUCCAGGAUAUCUCAACACUGGAAACCAAUGGAAUUCAGAUUCCUUUAUUUGAUCAUACAGUUUAUGGAACCAUUGUCCAAGUUACUGGUGACAACCUUGGUGUUCAUUCUUUAUUUGGUUUUGUGGAAUCGUUUAGUGCUAGGUACUGUUGCCGCUUUUGCCUACUAGAGAAAGAAGACUUUCAGACAGAGUUCAGUGAAGAUAGUCCAAAGAUGUCAGUGCGAACUAAAGAACUUCAUGCUGAACACUGUCAGAAUAUGCAGAGCAAUCCCAGUCUACCUUAUGUAAUGGGAGUAAAAAAGUCUUGCCUUUUAAAUUCUUUGCAAUAUUUCCACACCACUGCAAAUUUUUCGGUUGAUAUCAUGCAUGAUAUAUUAGAGGGGGUUGCACAAUAUGAGAUGAAAUUACUUAUUCAGCACCUGAUUGACAAUUACACCACAUCAGCAGAAGUACACAGACGAAUUCAGAGUUUUAAUUAUGGCUUCAUGGAACAAAACAACAAACCUCCUGGUGUAGCAUUAAGAGAGGGUUCCAAUGACCUGGGCUUAAAUGCCACUCAGAGCUGGUGUUUACUGCGUCAUCUACCCAUUAUGUUUGGAGAUCUUGUGCGUCCUAAUGAUCAGCACUGGUAUUGUUCAUUUUUAUUGCUUCAGAUAGUCAAUAUAGUGUUUUCUUCAGUUAUAUCCACUGGUAUCACCAUUUAUUUGAAACACCUGAUUGCAGAGCACCACAGUUUGUUUAAGCAUUUGUUUCCUGAUAAGAACUUGUUGCCAAAGCAUCAUUUUAUGGUGCAUUACCCCAGUUGUAUGCAGAAAAUUGGACCACUGCUACAUUGUUGGUGCAUGCGUUACGAAGCGAAGCAUAACUUUUUUAAAAAGCAGUUGAAAAGCUUUAAAAACAUAACGAAAACAUUAGCAAAGAAACACCAGUGCCAAAUGGCUUACAUUUGGCAAACAUUUGAUCCAAAUGACAUGAAAUUAGGUCCUGGGAAAAUGGCCCCCUUGAAUGAAAUGGAAGUUGGUGCUGAGAUGGCUGAGAAACUUAAUGUACCUAUGUGGACUAAGGUCCUAAAUGUGAAAUGGGUCAAGCGCUGUGGAAAUACUUAUCGGUUAGGGUUAGCGGUUUGUGUUCAAGUUCAGAAUGACAUGCCUGUAUUUCAUGUAAUCCAGAAUAUUGUUAUCAAAGAUGAGCAGGUCCUUUUGAUAACAACUGCACUGAAAACGUUUUGUUUAGCUGAACAUAUCCAUGCUUACAAAGUUGCACAUACCACAGAAGCACCUUCUGUUUUGGAGAUUACGGAUAUUUUGCACAAGUUGUUUGACAUUCUGAUGUCUUAUGGUUGUGAUUCUGAUUUGUAUAUUGUACCAUAUUGUUUCAUGUAAUUCUUCUUCGUCUUCUCCCUUACAUUAUCACUAUCACAAUUUAUUUUUAUUUUUUUUUGUAUUAUUGUUUUCAUUAUUUAUUUUUUUAUGAUCACAAGUGAAUUAAGUGUAAGUGUAAUAUUGUUUAAACAGGUACUUGAAAAAUAAAAUUGUGAGACAUGA